CGUACAGUGCAAUAGCGUACAGUGCAAUGACUCUCAUACAGCGAAGUGUCCAAACGCCGUCUCCGUGAGAGAGUGCACACGUAGAAGUAAAUAAAACGGUUUUAAUUUAAAGUUGCUUGUCUGUUCUGGUAUUUUACAAUUGGAGAACUGGAAGACAGCAAACGUGAGUUUUAAUUAUAAGGACUAAGCGAACUAGAGCAGCAGAUACACUAGCUGGUCACCAUGUCAUCAGAUGCAAGCCACAUGCUGGAGGCUGCCUUGGAGCAAAUGGAUGACAUCAUUGCUGGGUCCAAGGCUGCGGCGGAGUUUGGCGGCGGCGGCCUGUUCGACUUGGGCUCCCCGGCGUACCCCGGACCCCAGAAGGUGCUGCAGCUCGCGGAGGACCUACGGGCUGCCAUAGAGAUGCAGGCCGUUGAUGGGGACCGGGUGCUGGUGCGGAAACACCUCCCCAACAACACCGCCGAGAUCCUCAUGCAGUGGCUGGAGAGGGGCAUGGUAAACCUCCAGGUGCCAGUGAACAAUGAGACAUAUCAAGACCGCCUGUCACGUUUAGAGGGUGACAAAGAGUCGCUGGUGCUUCAGGUGAGCGUGCUCACAGAGCAGGUGGAGGCUCAGGGGGAGAAGAUUCGGGACCUGGAGAGCUCUCUGGGUGAGCACCAACACAAGCUCAGCUCCACUGAGGAAAUGCUACAGCAGGAGCUGUUUAGUCGGACGUCACUGGAGACCGAGAAGCUGGAUCUUAUGGAUGAGGUUUCCCAUCUGAAGUUGAAGCUUGUAGGCAUGGAGGAUCAACCCAGCGAAGGGGACAGCAAGCAGCACAAAGCUGAGUGCGUAGUCAAUCUGAUCAGUGAGCUCCAGGAGCAGAUGUGUAAGUUUCAGCUGGAGAUCAGUAGCAGGAUCCAGGAGAAAAGGGCCCUGGAAAAGCAGGCAACUGACAGUAGCCUGCAGGAAGCCCACCAGAGCCCAAGCCCUGACCUCGGCGGCUCUGAGGACCACUGUCGCUGUAGAGGAGAGAACGGCCUUUUGACAGAGUUAAAAGUGCUGAAGUGUAAAGUUAAUGAACUGCAAGAGGAGAAAUGUCAGUAUGAAAAGAAAUUGAAGGCAACAAAGGCAGAAAUCUCAGACCUGCAGCAGCUUCUUGCAGAAAAAGAUGCCGAAAUCGACUGUUUGCAGAGGCAGCUCACAACAGGAGGCCCUGCAACUGCCACCGGUGCGGAUAAAGAUCAGGAAUUGCAAAGGCUGAAAACAGGAAUGGAGACAUUGUUAGCAGAAAAUGAAGAAAAGGGUCGCCGUAUUGAAGAGCUUACAUUCCUUUUAAACCAGUACAGAAAGACAAAAGAAGUCAUCUCAUCUAUUCAAGUCUCGGGUGCAAGGAUUCUCUCCAACCCCAACACGCCACAAUCAGAGAUGUCCUCCUGUGGUUCUUCACCUUUAAUGGUCUCCUCAUCAUCCUUUCAGAAGGAGUUAGACUUUAGCUGCAGGAGUGCACAGAUGUCCCCUGAGUCUGCGGUCUCCCCUAGCAACACCAGCGUCCAGAACGGACAAAGGAUACAACCAAAUACACUAUCAAGUAGUUUGGAGGAUUUAAGGAGUGGAUCAAAGAAGAAGCAUGCAGUGGAGGAACCAGUAGAACCUGUUGUGUCAGCAGAGACUUCAUAUGCCGAUGACAGCAACAAGUCCCAAACCAUGCCGGGCAAGGGCUCCAGAUCCUGUCCAAAUGGGAAGAAAGAAAAACAUUCAACACCAAUUCAGAAGUCUCCAAAUCAGAGUAGAGACAGUGCUUUUGCCCUAAAUCGGUGUAGGAGUGCCAGCGCUCCGGUUCUAGGAAAAGCAGAGAAGAAGGACGGGACCACAUUCGCAGAGCUCUCACUGCCAUCGUCUGGCACUGAUUCGAAGCAGCAGUCUCCCGCCUCUCCAGACAACCGGAAGAACCAAAAGGCCAUCCACAGGUUCUGGGGGAGGGUAAGGAAGAGUCAAUCAGGAUUCCUGCCGGUGGAUGACCUGGAUACCGCAGAGUUCCGGAGAGGGGGUGUACGAGCCACAGCUGGCCCACGAUUGGCCCAAACCGACGACUCAGCGAGUUCAAUCCGAGACAUGAACACUCCCUUCUGCAAUUGGACCAAGGAGCAGGUGUGUGGCUGGCUAGAGGACUAUGGUCUGGGACAGUAUGUGAACCUGGCCAGGCAGUGGGUCAACACUGGACAAACACUUCUUUCAGCCACUCCUCAGCAAUUAGAGAAGGAAAUUGGAAUUAAGAAUUCCCUGCACAGGAAGAAGCUACAGCUAGCCCUCCGGUCAUUCAACACAAAAGUUAUUGAGAAGUCAUCAGAGCUGGACCAUAUCUGGGUAACCCGCUGGCUCGAUGAUAUUGGCUUGCCUCAGUACAAAGACCAGUUCAAUGACGGAAGAGUCGAUGGGAGAAUGAUUCAGUAUCUGACAGUGAAUGACCUCCUGUUCCUCAAAGUCACCAGCCAGCUCCACCAUCUCAGCAUCAAGUGCGCCAUCCAUGUCCUCCAUAUCAACAAAUUCAACCCCCACUGCCUGAGACGCAGACCUGGGGAUGAGAAUAAGACAUCCCCCUCAGAGGUGAUGCAGUGGUCUAACCACCGCGUUAUGGAGUGGCUGCGCUCGGUGGAUCUGGCGGAGUACGCCCCAAACCUGAGGGGCAGCGGCGUUCACGGCGGGCUGAUCAUCCUGGAGCCGCGCUUUAACUCGGACACCCUGGCCAUGCUCCUGAACAUCCCCCCGCAGAAGACGCUCCUUCGACGCCACCUGGCCACCAACUUCAGCUCGCUGGUGGGCCCUCAGGCCCAGCAGGAGAAGCGCGAGUGCAUGUGCAGCUCCGGCUACAACCCUCUCACCACGACGGCCAAAGUCCGGCCGAAGAAGCUGGGGUUCACCACCUUCGGACAUCUGAGGAGAAAGAAGCUGGAUGACUCCACGGACUACAUUUGCCCCCUGGACACGCCUCCUCCGCCCAUAAAUGGGGGCGUCCAGCCCUACUCGGGGUUCAGGGGACUGAGCCCCAUCUUAGACAGGGACCGUGAGAAAAAGGACCAGGUGGGGCAAAAGAGCGGAAGCCACCAAGCCUCAACCCAUCGUAGCUGAGCUCGCAGCCCAUAACCCCACCCCCUCCCCAUUAUGCCAUUGUUUAACCACGCCGCUCCAUGAGCCAAGGGCUGCACAGGUGGCAUUCAUGGACACUCUAAAAUGGAUGCUUGUGGAUGUCUGUGUUCCAGCAGCAUGCUGUCUCUGUGGACUUGACAUUUUAGUACUGACUUGUUACACCUCUUUCAUGGCUUUAAUAUAUAUAAUGAUUAUGCCACUCCAGGUAGUGUGGCAAACAACAAUUCAGCCAAUUGUAUAUAUUUUUUGUAACGCCUAACUCAUAAUUGUACUGUUUUUAUACAGUUGUGUUUUAAGUUUGUGCAAUAUUUGCACAAUAAGGGAGAAGGGACAUACUGUAUAUAUAAUGUUUAUGUUAGUUGAAUGGUUAUAUGAUGGCACAGAUAUUUAAAAAAAAUUCAAUUGUGCUCAUGAUUGAAAGAAAAUAUGAUUUUUCAGUUAUUUGGCAUGCUAUAAACUGCAUAUUUUAUAGUUAACUAUGCUUUCUUAUAAUAUUUUGCUCUCAUGGCAUUGUAAGUAAUGGUAUUCCCAAAAAUGCAUUGGGGUGUGGUGCAUAAUAAACCUCAUCAAAUUAG